AUGGACGGAUUUGUGGCGCUCGAUGUUUGCACGACUCUCAAUUGCCGCUCUGUUGGUAGAUCGGAUUCCAGGCUUCCGACCCUCCCUCGCUGCCUUACAACUAUGUUGAUCGUCUUCCUCGUCGUAUGUUCUUCUACUAUGGGAGCACCCCUACAGAAUUUCGAUCAAGAGAUAUUAGGUACCGACUGGUUUGCGAUGAAGGAAAAUGAUGUCAAUCAACACCCUUUUACAGUUCCAAAGCCAAUCUCCAUGAAGCUAGUAGCCGUUCGCAAACCACGGUAUACAAGUUUUAUGGAUAUGCUUUCUGAUAAACUGGGACCUGAAGCGCCGCAAACAAUAAAGUUAAUCUUUCGAAAGAAUGUUUUAUACCCAGUUGAGAAGGUCGUUCCUGUGGCCAUGAAGGAAUACGUUGAUGUCCCUAGACCGUACCAUGUGCCAGUACUUAUUGAAAGAAAGGUACCUUUCCUCGUAGAGAGGAAAGUUCCUGUGAAAGUUGAAGUACCCGUUGAAAAGCCGUAUCCCGUUGAAGUAGCCGUACCGUACGAAGUGACCGUGGUCAAGAAAAUACCAUUCGUCGUCGAGAAGAAGGUACCUUACACUGUACAAGUACCUGAGUAUGUUGGUGUGCCUGUACCCAUUGAGGAAGAUGGAGGGAAAUCAGUUAAAGCCUUGGAUUCGUUUGACCAAAAAAUCGCAAAAACAGAACUUGAAAAAAGUGAUUAG